AGUACACUGAAGGCAUGCCUUCUUCACAUCCUUGAGGAUCUUUUAGAGGAAGAGUUGGUUAAAUUCAAAUUUCAACUCACAAACAUAGCUCUAGCUGAGGGAUACAACCAUAUGCCUCGGGGAACUAUCCAGCAAGCAAACCCAGUGAGAUUGCUGACCUACUAAUCCAGUAUUAUGGGGAAGAAUACUCCAAGACUGUGACUCAGGAGGUCCUGAAAGCCAUAAACCAGCGCAACCUAGCAGAGAAGCUCUGCCAGGCAACCGAAAAAUCUGGAUCUUCCACUGAAAAAGUUGCAAAAAAGACAAAUAAGAGGAAGCAGGAGAAUAAAGCAGGACUGAAUGAAGAUAAAUGGCAACUGACAAUGUCAAAGAGAUUUAAGAAUAUCUUUCCAACUAAGUCAAAGAAAACACCCAAUGAAACUGCUUCUUCUCACAGAGACACUCAACUAGUCAAUAAGGAAGAAACAAUGCAAAAUCAACACUUUCCUGACUUGAUCAAGCGGCUUAAUCUAGAAAGCUAUUAUCCCAAAAAGAUGACCAAAGGAAAUUCUCUUUUGAUAAAUAAGACCUUCCUCCAUGGCACUCAAUCAAGAACUGAGGAGGAGCUGCCAUUUUGUUUUCUAGAGAAACUUUUGGUAUUAGAUUGUAAUUUGUGAUAUCAAGUUUACAGAGGUAAUAUACACAGAAUACCUACUGUGUCUCAGACACUGAGAACCACAGAACUAGAAAAAUCAUUUGAGGACUUUUUUAUUGUAAAGGAAACACAAUCAACUACAGUACCAACUUGCAUCCACCCAAUGGACAUACAGAUGGCAAUUUUUCACUGUGCAGAUGACUUUACAAGACAGUAUAUUUUAACCAAACUUUCCAUUUGUCAAUUUGCUCUCCCACUUUUGGUGCCAAAUCCUUGCAAUUUCCAAAUUGAAUUCCCUCUUUGGUCUCUGAGGCAAAUCAGGAGAAGCUGGAGAGAGGUGGAAAAAAUAGGAUGGGAGAAAAAAAUUAGGAGUUAUAACAACCAGCUGAUCAGUUGGCAACCUAUACACACUGUAUCUUUCAUAAGAAUUGGAAAUUAUGCCUCUACUUCCAAAUCACAGAUUUUGAAUUCACUCCUGAGUAAAAGCAAACAUGACCAUUUUUUCCUCCAUAAUUCUAGGGAACACAAUAAUAGAUGUCUAUUGGUAGAUGGUAUGGUGGAAAUCUGCUGGUUCUGUCCAAGUGGGAGAGCUGAGGACAGAUUUGAAAAUUGUAUUGCCUUCACCAAUCUCCAUGGAAAUGCUGAAAUACACGAGAGGCAGGUAAAGUUCCUGCAGGAGGUCUCCUCGGUCACUGUUAUCCUCCUGGCAACUUCUGAUUUUGACAUAAUGAAUAGCUCCCUUCUACUUGAAUUUUGGAAGUCACCCAAACCUCUCAUCUGUUUGUUUGAAAAUGCAGAAAGUAUUAUGGAUAAGAAUUAUGCUCACAAAGUGAGAAUUGGAAUUAAGAAUCUAAAUAAGAUAGAAUUAGCUGAUAAAAUUACAGCUACAUUAGCAGAGCUGCUGAAGAAAUCUGGAUCUCCUUGUAGUCUGAGUAACUGGGCCAACAUGGCAAGGAAGUAUGAGUUUAUUAUUGAUGAGGACCAAAGAGAUUGCCAAGAAGCAGCGAAAAAAGCAGAUAUCCUUAUGGACAUCUUGAGAAAAGUAAAAUUAUCUGAGAUAAAGGGGAAGUUACUACCUCUUCAAGGAGGUCUAUGGCAUGACUGGUGUAAGAAGGAUAAAGAACUCCAUCAGCUGCAAGAAAAAGGAAACGAGCAUUGAACAAUACAAGAAAGAAAUUGAGAAGGAAAAGCUGCAGAUACGCUGUGAACAGUAUCACAAAGUCAUUAACCUUAACGACCUGAUGAAGUCCCUGCUUGAAAGCCUUCAGUCCCACCUGGAGACCCACACAGAGCUCUACUUUCCGCAGGUGCUGAGUAUGUCAAUGGACCAACUAACCACAACAGAGUUAGAGAAGCUCCACCAGAGGCACAGUUCUUUGUUGGCUCAAGUAAGAACAGAAAAGCAGAAGCAGUCAAAGAGAGACUCCCUCAGACGCUGGGAGGCUGAGCUAGAAGCUGUUUCCAAAGAAAUCAGUGAUUCCGCCCUGGGAAUUGAGCACCUCUUGAGAGAGCUGGGUCAGAUCUAUGAAGCUUUGGAAGAAGCUUCCUCCCAAACAAAUACACUGUUUCUUUCUCUUCCCCAAAUGGCUGCUGACCUGAUGAUAUCUGGGGCUCCCAUUGAACUGAUGGAUGGGGAUGCUUCAUAUGUGCCCCUGAGGUGGGUGGCAGCUGUUUUUGACAAGGUCUCUGAAAAACUUGGAGACAAACGUGUGUUUGUUCUCUCUGUCCUUGGCUUGCAGAACUCAGGAAAGUCUACUCUGCUGAAUGCAAUGUUUGGGUUGCAGUUGAGCCUUAGUGCUGGAAGACAUACUCGGGGUGCCUACAUGCAGCUUCUGAAAGUGGACGAGAUGCUCAGAGAACAGCUGGGCUUUGAUUUUAUGCUUGUUGUGGACACAGAAGGACUGAAAGUCUCAGAGCUCGUGAACAAAGCACAGAAUGAGGAAAAUGAGUUGGCAACCUUCGUUAUUGGACUUGGAAACUUAACUCUAAUCAAUAUUUUGGGAAAGGAUCUUUCAGAAAUACAAGAUAUUCUGCAAAUAGCUCUCCAUGCCUUUCUCAGGAUGAAACAAUAGAAUAUCUCACCAAGAUGCCUAUUUGUUCAUCAGAACACAGAAGAAAUUACAGAUACAGAUCAAAGUAUGGAAAGGCAAAGGUGGCUGCGAGAGAUAUUGGAUGAAAUGACAUUCGCAGCAGCCAAACAUGAACAGUGCUCAGAGGUGUGUCACUUCAGUGAUGUCAUUAAGUUUGAUGUCAAGAACCACAUCUGUUACUUUGCUCACCUCUGGGAAGGGUCUCCCCCAAUGGCCCCUCCUAAUCCCUGCUAUAGCCACAAUGUUCAGGAGCUGAAAAGCAGGAUUCUUAAGCAUGCCAAAGAAGAAUCCAGAGGAAGAAUUUUGAAGAUAUCAGAACUUAAAAUCAGGGUACGGGAUUUAUGGAAGGCCUUAGUGAAUGAGAACUUCAUUUUCAGGUUCAAGAACACUCGGGAGGUCAUGGCUAUGAAUAAACUGGAGACUGUGUACAGGAGCUGGACCUGGGAGCUGAGAAGUUAUGUGCUGGACUUGCAGAAUCAGCUGACUAACCAGAUUCAGAAAGGAGAAGUUAAAGAGAUCAAGAGAAGCUCAAUUGAGAAUCAAUUUGUGGAAAAAUAUGAAGCCAUUAAGCAAGAACUUGAAAGAUAUUUUCUAGAAGAUAGAGAUAGAAGUAUCUUGUCUCAGAGGAAAGGAAUAUUUAAAGAUAAUUUGAAGAAUCUUAAAGAUGAUCUUAUAGUAGAAAUCAUGAGAAAAUGUGAAAAUCUAAUCAAUGGAAAGAAAAUACAAGACCUUUUCAAGGAGCAAAAAGUAAAACUGGAACAUAAGUUAUUAGAAAAAAUCAGAGGGAUGGCUAAGUCCCCCUGUAGGAAAGAAUUACAUGAUAAGGAACUGAGAGAUAUGUUCAACAAGAUCUGGUCAGAGAACAUCUCCAUUCUGUUGCCUCCCACACUUGCAUCUGCUGAGGGGCCUGAUAUUGAUAUUGAGUUAGAGAAUGUUCUCCUGGAGCAUUUUAAACAGCACCGCAAUAUUGUGAACAAAAUUCAGUAUCGUGAUACAAAAAAAAAUUUUCUAUCAAUUAUUCUAAACAUGUUAUCACCUCUCAAGAGUUCCCAGUAUAUGGGCCCUCUGAGGAAGAGUUUGAAAAAGAUAUCAUAAAGAAGACAACAGCUCAAAUUGUGAAACUGGUUCAAGACAUCAUACACAACAGAGAACAACAGAAUGAAGGUUACAGUUCUAGUUACUUCCAUGAAAUUCUGCAAGUGAUCCAUACUGAAGCUGAGACUGCAUCUCAAGGAGUCAGAUUUAUGCUGACAAACAGAUUUAAACUAGAACUUGCUCUAGAGCUACUGAAAGAGGCAGCAAACCAUUUUAAAAAGAUGUGCAUUGCAUUCAAGACAGCCAACAACCCUGUUCUAUAUUUAGAAAGUAAAAGAGAAGAAUGCUUUACUAAUUUUAAGUUGGCUUACAAAAACUUCCAAAAUACUGACUGAUGUCCUUCGGGGUAAAGAAUUUCUGCUACUUUAUGAGCCGGGAUAAAUACCUGAGGAGCUUACCUAUUCUUCAUCUAGCUUUUUUACUCCAAUAUGAAAUGAAAAAAUAUAUAUAUAUUUCAUAUGUUAUGCUACAAAAAUAAAAUAAAAAUACA